GGGUGUCCCACCGCGAAGCAUUCUAGAAUCCGAGAAAGUCAUUGGUACGCAAGGUCUCUGCAGAUUAACACCAUAACGCUUGGCCGGCCAUAAAACGGUUCCCUUGCAUAUACCUUGGACACAAAAUAAGAUGGAUGUAAUCCAUCAAUAAUACAGCAUCUAAUUGAGGGGUCGAUGUCCAGAUUGCGCAAGCGUGUGUGUGAUGAGAUAGGAUGUUUGCUCUCUAUGUAGUUUGAUUGAUGGAGAGAUGUUCUAUAGGAUAUUGUGGGGUAGUAGCUGAGAGACAGGAUCAAGCUGCUUUGGCCUGGUUUGAUAUGCGCUACGCUGUUCUUGCUCCUAGCGUCGGUUCUUUUUUCAAUGCUGAUAUCAAUGCGCAGGAUGUUAUGGCACGAGGAAAGCCAAUGGCCUGCAAUGCCGCUAUUGUCCUGCCACUUUUCCCGGGUGUUGGAGAAUUUCACCGUGUUUGGCUUUGGUACUGAUUUUUCUUCUCAGAUUGUACACUUGAGAAACCCCGCUCGAGGCAGAUAUGGAAAAAUCAAAGAGGUAAUUUACUCAUCGCCGAGUUCUCGUGAAUGCCUCACAAUGGAUCGCAUUGCUCUAUACUCGAAAUCUUUCAUAAAUGUCGCUAGAGUGACAAAGAACAAGGCGCUUAGAAAUCGCAUCGUACUAUUUAUUAUCAUCACUACGGCCAUAGGGGGACUCGCACUGAUAGUAUGGUUCGCACUGGUCCUAGUACUCAUCGAUCGACUUACUCCAACUGAGUCAUCCAGCGGACUUCACCAGAUCACCAAGUCAUGGAAGAAACCCUCCGACUCUGUCUCUUUACUCUCCCCCUGGCCCAUUGAUUGGAGCCAGGGCAUUAUCCCCAUCCCAUGUCAUUCACACAAUGACUACCGGCGUCGCGUCCCUCUAUACGAUGCCCUCGCCGCUGGCUGUACCGGCGUCGAAGCUGACAUCUGGCUAGAUAGCUCUUCACAAGACUUACUAGUGGGGCAUAAAAAGCGAUCGCUAUCCCCCGACCGUACACUGAAGACCCUCUACAUUGAUCCAUUGUUCAAGAUCCUCUCGUGCCAAAAUAUUGAUACGCCCCCCUCAGCGCAACCAACCGGCGUAUUCGACGCAAACCCCAACACAACCCUCGCAUUGUUAAUUGACAUGAAAACGGAUGGUAAAGAUAUCUGGCCCGUUCUAAUGCAGCAUCUGGAACCACUGCGCUCCCAAGGUUGGCUGACAUAUUGGAACGGUACCGCUCAAUCUCUGGUUCUCGGUGCAAUAACUGUCGUCGGAACAGGGAAUACCCCUUUUGCUAUUGUCGCUGCGGAGAGAGACCGCCGGGAUGUGUUCUUCGAUGCCCCGUUAGAUCAGUUGUCUAGGAAUGAGACAUAUACUUCCGAGAAUUCGUACUACGCUAGCGUUGCGCUAGAAAGGGCUGUGGGAAAGAUCUGGCCAUGGGGGCCUAGUCAGCGGCAGAAAUUAAUGAUUCGUGAUUUGAUUGAUGUGGCGAUUACCAGGGGGUUGGUUUCGAGGUUCUGGGAUAUUUCUGGAUGGCCGGUGGCUUUGCAGGUGAGGUUGUGGAAUGUCCUGGUUGAGAAUGGGGUUGGGAUGUUGAAUGUUGAUGAUUUAGUGCAUGCUAGUCGGUGGAAUUGGGAUUGGUGCAUUGUUGCUAGUCUGGUGCUUUGUUGA